AUGACUACCUGCGGGGCCAAGGGACCGCGAACUAGCGAAAAGAAGAACUGCGUCCAGCAGCUCUCGGCACGGCCGCCCAGAAUCACAGCGAGCUGCGCGGCGCCCCCUGGAGGCCCGACCGAGCUCGGCACCUCUGUAGAGCUCUAUGGACAGAUGGACCACAGGAAUCAGGUCCUGCCUUUGCUGUCUGAGUUCUUCUUUCCCUGUGUAGGAAAAACUGCCUGGCUGAGCCUCCAAGUGCAGCCAGACCCCGUGUUUGAAGGGGAUAUCCUGACUCUGCGAUACUGGGGAAGGAGGAAUGCGGCACUGUCCCAGGUGAAAUUCUACAGGGAUGGAAAAUUCCUCCAUCUCUCUAAGGACAACCAGACUCUGUCCAUGGGAACAGCAACAGUGAACAGCAGUGGCCGGCACAGCUGCACUGGACAGGUGACAUACAUGCAAUAUGUGGGCAGACGAACCUCAAGGACUGUCAUGGUUCAAGUCCAAGAGCUGUUCCUGCCUCCUGUGCUGAGAGCCCACCCUUCUCGUGAGCUCCGUGGGGGGAGCCGGAGCCAAGUCCCCUGUGAGGGGAGCCAGACGUCAGCCUGGAAGUUCCUCUUCUCCUUGCACAAGGAGGGCCACACCCUGCAGGACAGGAGCCUCCACCCAGAACUCUGCAUCCCAGCAGCUGAGGAGGGAGACUCCGGGCUUUACUGGUGCGAGGCGGCCCUUGAGGGUGGCUGGAUCCAGAAACAGAGUCCCCAGCUGGAUGUCAGGACCCACCAGCCGAGUUGUGGAGCUCCUCCCCUCCGAUCCUCAUUCUACCUCAGUGGGGACACCCUGCGGAACCACGUGGCUCCCCAUGGUGGAGCCGUUUCCUUCCUUUUCCCGGUGAUGUCAGAGCAGCAUGCUGGGGACUACACCUGCGAGGCUGAGAACAGUGUAUCCAAAGAGACAAGCAAGCCUGAGACACUCUCCGUGGAUGGUCCUCGGGUCUUAUCUGCUCCCACUAGCAUCAACUGGCUGCUUCCUUGGUUGCCUGCAAGGCUGCUUGGCAUGAUGGUCAUUGCUGCUGCACUUCUAGGGUAUUUCAGACCCUGGAGAAAAACCGGACCCCUUCCACCCCGGAAUCUGCCCCCAGCCACAGGUGGAGAGGAACACCCACUGUAUGUCAAUGUUCAUUGCCAGAAUGAGAAUGAUGAAGGGAUUAUCUACUCUGUGGUACGUACGAUCCCAAAGGAGAGUGAAAGCCAGGCCUGCCCAGUCAGCCCGGCGGGAAACAGUGAGAUGGGACCCCUGCUCUUUGCUCAUUCUCUGUGUGACGUCUGCUUCCUCACCCUGACCUGA